AUGGACCCUAUGGGCCACUUUACAAAUCAGUUAAAUUCCAGACUCUUAAUCGAGAUUACCGACCUUAGGAAUGAGUAUGCUAAGAUCAAAGCUGAGAAUACGAAGUUAAAACAUGUCAUAGAAGAAAUUGCUGAGCUCAGAUCCAGAUUCGAAGAACUGGAGAUAAGAAAUAAACAGCCUGAGCGUCUUGUUCUAGAAACCUAUGUUUUUACUUCGUACCCUCUGGGUAGAACUUCCUCUAAAGGUCUUAGUAAAUGUGUUCCUAAUGCUGCUCAACCACGCUCAUUACAUAAGGAGGUUAUAGGAACCCAUGUUCCUAGGUCCACUCAAACCCAAGAGUUCAUUCCAACACAUUCCGAAGAGAAAAUGCCUCAAGAGCUCAACAUGUCAUCUUCGAUAAACCAUAAUAAUGUGACUGAAGUUUCCGAGACGGCCUGUCCCGGAAAAGUUACCUAUGACAGCAUUGAUGAAGCCUCACAGCAUUUAGCCCAAUUAUGUGAUAAAGCUAUCGAUGCUGAAGAAAGAGCGAAUCGAGCUAAUCAGGAAGAAAUUUUAUGUUGGUGCCUUUACUGGAAGGAUUUCAGAGUUCAGCUUGACGAGAUUAUCAGUAAAGAUAAGUUUGGUGAAAAGAAGGCAAGGAGCUUACUAUAUGAUUCCAUUACAAAACAACUUAAUUUGCUUCGCAAACAAAGAUCCCAAGAAUUAGGAUUGCAACUCCGAUACAUAUCACGGGAUAGCUUGCGUAAGAAGACUCAGAGAGCUGAAAAAAUCUAUAGAUUGUUCGGAAAAGUGGGUAUGGAUAAAAUCAAGUAUAUUAAAUCAUAUAGUGCAAAUUCUAUUUCCGAGCUUACUAAUGAACAAAUUCAAGAGGUUAUAGAUUAUGGAAUAACUUUAGAAAAGUUACCUCUGGUAACAAAUGAUCAUGCGACCGAAAUUUCUGAGACGGCCCGUCCCGGAAAAUCCUUGUCUGAAAAUAUGACCUCAGAAAACUUCGAUGGUGUUCAGAACAACGUAUAUUCGAAAAACGGGGUGAAUAUCUCAGCCACACCAAAUGACCUGUUUCUCAUCAAAAACGAAUCAGAAAAGAUAGAUCACGUGACCGAAAUUUCUGAGACAGCCCGUCCCGGAAAACCCUUGCCAGAAAAUAUUGCCUCAAAAAUCUUCGAUAGUGUUCAGAACAAUACAUCUCCGAAAAAUGAGGUAAAUGUCUCAGCCACGCCAAAUGACCUGCUUCUCAUCAAAAAUGAAUCGGACAUAGACGCAGAUGAUAGUCGGUGUUCAGACCCUCAUACCUUGAGGGAUAUUCCAGCGUUCACGAGCAUACCCGUGACAAUGAGAGAAUCUAACCGAUGGAAGGGUGACACACUCAGUAGUGAUAGUAGUUCGGAUAGUUCCUCAGAAACUGAAACAGAAAGUUGUACAGAUUCUGAAUCUGAAUACAACGACUAUGACGCAGCAGAAUUUUACAUAAAAUCAUUUAUGUAG